AUGAGCAUCAGCCUGACAGCUAAACAAACUCAGCAGCAACAGCAAGAACAGCAGCAGCAACAGCAGCAGCAACAGCAGCCGCAGCAGCAGCAGCAACAGCAGCAGCAGCAGCAACAGCAGCAGCACUUUGUUGGUUUUGUUGCUGCUGCUGUUUUGUAUUUACUUAGGCUAACACAGAACAGCCAGCAGCUGCAGCAGCAGUGCGAGGAGCAGCAAAGACAGCUGGAGCAGCAGCAGCAGCAGCAGCAGCAGCAGCAGCAGCAGAUACAAUACCUGCAGCAGCAGCAGCAGCAGAGAGUUCGUGAACUGCAGCAGCAAAUAAAAGAAAUACAAAAAAAAAAAGAAGCAGCAGAAGAAAAACACAGAGCUGCUGAUGCUGCUGCUGCUAGCCUGAAGAGAGACAAGACACAGCUGGAGGGGGGAGUAUUGCUGCUGCAGCAGCAGCAGCAGCAGCUGCAGCAGCAGCUGCAGCAGCAGCAGCAGCAGCUGCAACAGCAGCAGCAGCAACUGCAGCAGCAGCAGCAGCAGCAGCAGAAACAGCAACUUCAUAUGCAGCAGCAACAUCAACAACAGAUUCAACACAUGCAAAAACAAAUACAGCAGCAGCAGCAGCAACUGCAGCAGCAGCAGCAGCAACUGCUGCUGCAGCAGCAGCAGCAGCAAUAUGAAGCUGAAAGACAGUCGAAGCAAAUACCCGCAGCUGUAGACGAUGCAGCAACAAGGCCUUCGACAGCAGACACCGCCUGCCGUGAAGAAGAGACAGCAAGACUCAAGGCGAGGCCUAGGGCGGAGAAUGAGAGUCUGAAGGCGAGGCUACGCAAGCUAGGAAGCAGGUCUUGGGGGGCCCCCCCGGGGGCCCCUGGGGCCCCCCCUGCUGCAGCUCCUGCAGCAGCAGUAGCAGCAGCAGGAGCAGCAGCAGCAGCAGCAGCAGUAGGGGCCCCCGCGUGCGCAGAGGGGGGCCCCCAUGAAGAAGAAGAGGAGGAGGGGGCCCCUUCCCCAGCAGCAAAAGAAGGUAGCAGCAGCAGCCCGAUCAAAUCUGCUGCUGCACCUACCACCACCGCUGCUGCCGCCGCUGCUGCUGCUGCUGCUGCUGCUGCUGCUGCUGCUGCUGAUGAAAGCCCCCUAGAAGGGGGGCCCCCAGGCACGCGGCUGCUGCACAAAAGUAUUAACGAUGCAGCAUAUAGAGAGGGGGGGGCCCCCCUGCGAGAGGGGGGGGCCCCCCUGCGAGAGAGGGGGGCCCCCCAUGAGGAGGGGGGGCCCCCCCACCAGCAGCAGACGGAUAAGAGAGAAGAUAUAAACAGCAGCCUGCUGCAGCAGCACGCGGAGUAUCCACCCAAACAGCAGCAGCAGCAGCAGCAACAGCAACAGCAGCAGCAGCAGCAGCAGCAGCAGCAAGCGGGAUCUACUUCUCCCACGGCCUGCGCCUUGCCUUCGGCAGAUUGA